CUACAUGACGCCGCACCAUGGUCGUCGUCCGAGAGUCCCCGCGCGCCCAAGUCUCGCCGUCCAAGAACAACGCCCAAUGGCCGCCGAGAUCGCCCUUCCAGGCAUUGCUUUCCUCACCGAGCGGACGACAGAAAUGGCAGGACUACAAGAGUCGCAACGAUGAUGAACGGUCGCCGAGUCCAAGUCCCGGCCGCAAUAAUGUGCGCAGCAGCAAGAUGCUGCAAGACUUGGCAGGAGGGGAUGAUGAGGACGAGGACGAGGACGAGGACGAAGAGACAUUGCAGUUGAAGCUGGCAGAGAUACAGGCAAAAUUGAGAUUAAAGAAGUUGCAGAGAUCGAGUUCGAAGAGAAAUACAGACGCCGACCGGAGCGAGGGCAGCAGUAGCAUGCCAGCACCUGGCUCACCAUCACCACGGAAACUAUACGAGUCUGCACUGCCACAGCAAGCAAUACAGAUACCCGUCUCUCCGUCAGGCGACCGAAGAAGUGGACCAGAGCUGUCGCCCGCCAGAGCCAAACUCGGCCUAACGACAAAUCCCCGAGCAGCAGACGUGUCGCUCAAGAGACCUCGCGAUGCGACUCAACUCAAACAUUCAUCCUCGCUGCACUCCUUGCGAGCUCCGAAAGAGGACCCUCCGAAAGUGUCGAGUUUCAGCCAGCGGUUGGCAGAAGUGAAGCAGAGGGAUGAAGAGAAGCUGGCCAAGCAAGACAGAUUGAAGGAGAUACGAAGUCAAGGGUUCAGUCAUACACGGACAGAGUCAAAUAUCAGCUCCAAGACGGUCAGUAGCAUGAAGUCACGGCCCGCUUCACUGAGCCAGUCUUUCCAGCUAGCAGAGGCAAGCCGGCCUCGAUCGGCUGGACAGCCACCUGGCAGGCAUACACGGACCGAGUCGAACAUCUCGCGUGCAUCAUCAACUCGACAAGCUCGUGAAGAAGUCGUCGCAAAACCACACGUCAGCAAGAUCUGGCAAGGAAGUGCGGGCGGCGCUGAGGAUGGAACUGGUCACGAAGAGCCAGAAGAUCCGACGAUCCCUGACGUAGAAGAUACGGGUGGCAGCACUGGCUACGAUCCAUUCUCGAAGGUUCAUCUCAAGAAACGGGCCGUCAGUCAUGAUGUGGUGGCGCGCGAAAUGACUGGCUGCGAGGUGUACUCGUUGCCGCGACUGCUGCGAGAAGUGAAAUCACCUGACUACGAUCCUCCUGAUUGCGAAGCCAACUACGUGGUGUUCGCUGUAUUGGCAUCCAAGUCAAGCCCUUUCGACCACGCUCAAACUCAUCGCACCAAUGACAAAACUAGCGAGGACAAAUUGGAAGCGCCCAAAAACAAAUUCAUGGUCCUGCAUCUCUGCGACCUCAAAUGGGAAAUUGACUGCUUCUUGUUUGGAACCGCCUUCAACCAAUUUUGGAAACUUACACCAGGCACACUUCUCGCAAUCAUGAACCCUGCCAUUAUGCCACCCAAGGGUAACCAGCAUAACGGAAAGUUCUCGUUGAAGUUGGCCAGCUCCGAGGAUUCUGUGAUGGAGAUUGGCGUGGCGCGAGAUCUAGGGUACUGCAAUGCUAUCAAGAAGAACGGGGAGCCAUGCGGUGAAUGGAUUGACAGCCGCAAAUCCGAGGCUUGUGAGUUUCAUCUCAACCUUCAGAUUGAAAAGGCUCGCAAAGGGAGGAUGGAAGUCAACACGAUGUUCAACGAUGGCACCAAAGGAGAGCCAGCUAAGAGGCGGCGCAUAGCUUCGGUUCGUCCGGGAGAACGUUCAAAGAAAGAUCCGACAGGAGUAAGACAUCAUCGAGAAUACGGCACACUAUACACUGUGAAUGGUACGAAGAGUGCAGCGAGCUUACUGGAUGACGACGAUAAACGAAUUUACGACGAUAUGAUUGGCGAAGAGGCUUCGAGAAAGCGUAUAGCAGCUGCCCAGAAGGAUCGGGAUAUUGCCCGACAACUUGGUGAAAUGGGACGAGGGACGGGUGCUGAAAUGAUGAGACACUCGAAACACGUGCGGACGACGUCUACGAGUACAAAAGUCAUGAGCGCGGCUGAAGAGGCGCGUGAUGCAUUAUUCAGCAAGAAAUCAGCCGCCGAGCUUGGUCUGCUGGCACGGAAAUCUGGCGAUGUCAGUUUGGAGCCGGCGAAGGACAGAAAGAAGCACUUUGGCUUGGGUGCUGUGUCAAUGUCCAGCCGAACAACAGCCAGCAAGUCUUCAAACCCAAUGGGAUGGGGUGGCGCCAAGAAAGCUGGUCUGCUACAACCCAAGGAGAGCCGAUUAGGGAGUCCUGAACGGGGUCAGUCGCGACUUGACGAUCAGAAACGACCUCUUAUCCGCCCCCGGAGUGAUGACAGCAGCGCGCGGAGCUCUGGGAGUCAAAGCCCGACCAAAAAGAAGGCAAGAUUUAUGCUCGAUAAAGGAAUACGAGAGCCCGGAAGAGAGUCUUUUCCCAGCCAAGCGCAGGUUGAGAGCGAUGAUGAUGACUUGGAUAUUGUGUAG